GAUGGUUUAAUUAGCUACUGUACGUUGAAUAUUUACCUAUUAAAAUAAUUUCUAGAGUUCUAUCGAUCGUCACAGCUGUAAAUUUGUAACCUGAGAAGAAAAUCUUGUGGAAGCUGUUUUUACGGCAGUUCAUGGUUUACGACAGACGUGCAUACCCACGUUGGGGCAACGAUGAACGCGAAGCGACACCAUAGGUUAUGUCGGAUAGCUAACUUAGCGAAGGAGUGACCAGACAAAUAUGGUGCAUCAUCCUGUGAGAAAGGAGGGAUCUUUUUAACGCAAUACCAGCUGGGAUUUUUUGCUUGCACCAUCUGACCGAACUGCCAAACUCAGGAGUGGAUAAUACCCAAACCUCAAACCGUUUCUUCCAGCUGUGUGCACCCAGGUGUUGCCAAACUGGUUUGACAACAACCUCUGCAAAACAAAUCAGCAUAUCAUGAACCUAGUACCGAGACGGAAAAUCCCUUCGUCCCUGAGAGCGCUGUUGACGGACAUUGGGCCAAGAGAUGAACUCCAAUACUGCACAGAGGCCAGUGAUGCCGAGACUGAGGCUGUGAAUGUAGAUGGGAUCGCACUGCCUGGCAGAGGCGUUGCAAGCCCUGAAGAGCUUCUGUCACCGUCUGGCAAAAAGGACGACAGAGUUUGUGGGCUGUGCUUAUCCAAACCUCCAUCGUACACCUGUCCGCGAUGCAAUGUGCCGUACUGCGGCCUGGCAUGCUACCGUAGUCCUGCCCACUCCGCUUGCUCUGAGGAGUUCUACAAGGAGUCUGUGAUUCAGGAGCUGAAAAGGACUGGGGAAACUGAGGAGGAAGGGAAAAGGAGGAUGCAGGAGAUUUUAGUGCGGCUGAGAAAGGAGGGGGAGGGGAAGGAGGGAGGGGUAGAAGGGGUUUUGAGAGAGAUGGAGGGGGAAGAAGGGGACGGGACACUGGGUAAUACACAGGUUUUGGUUCUACUGUCAAGGCUGGCUGAGAUCCAGUCAUCGGGAGAGGGGGACAGAGAGGAGAUAGAAGACAUAUUAGCUAAACUUAAGGAGAUUGGAGAGAAAGAUGGAGAGGGUGGGGACAUAGAAAAGACACUAGCAAGGCUCAGAGACAUGGAAGAGGAAGAAGGAGGGGAGGAGGAAGAGGAGGAGGAGGUGGAUUUAGCAGAGAGAUUGUCAGGGCUUGAUAUCAACUGCCUCUCCGAGGAGCAGCUCUGGGACCUGUUGCCCCGCCGGGACAAGGAGAGGUUUGAGGGCCUGGUGAAGGGGGGUACAAUAGGGGGGCUGGUGCCCCUGUGGACCCCCUGGUGGGAGACACAUGAGGGAGGGCAGGGGGCACUGAUAGAGCUGUUGGGGGGGGAGGAGGAUGAAGAGGAGCACAAAGUGAACACAAAGCCAGGGGACGGGGAUAGCAUGGAAGCAGGGGGGCGGGUCAAGGCAAGACAGCUAAUAAAAACAGUUGAGGAGGAGGAAAAGGGAGAGGGGGGAAGUCAAAGAAAGAGGACAAGAAUCAGGGUGGGAGAAGAGGAGGGAGGACCUACACAUCUUGGAAGGCAGAGGACUGAUGGAGCUGUCAUGGUAGAGGGGAAAAAUAAAGAUGAGGAGCAGCAUAGGGGGGCAGAAGGGAAGGAAGCUUGUGAAAAAGGGGUGGCGUCACAGGCAGAACAGGGCCAGCAGCAGCAGAAGAGGAGGAGAACACCAAAAAAGGAGAGCAAAGUCAAGAGUCCAAGCGCCUCUGUGCCUCAUGUGAACAGGAAGAUCCCUCCUCUGCAGUCGCUCUCUCCGCAGGCCUCCCCGCUGGUGCGUUACACCCUGGUCAACGCGCUGUACGGCUACACCUUUUCCCUGUCUCUCUUCAACGGCGACCUCUCAGAACCUGACCUGAUCCAGGAGUUCUGCCAGGUGGUGCUGGCUGUGUCCGAGGCUCUGAGCUCCAACAGGGUUUUCAGCUCCAUACAGGAAGCGCUUGAGGCGGGUAUAAAGGGUGUGACAGAGGGCGGGUAUUUUGACCGAGAAGACCCAGGUGCCCCGGGCCGGGCUGUGGAGGCCGUGGCCCAUGUUUUGACUGGCAGGAGUCAGCAGAACGAAGUGGGCUACUCCCUGGCUGCUUUAUCUGAACUCCAUGCUGUGUUAAACCAGGCCAGAGGGGCUCUGUCAAAGGAAGGAGACGAUGGAGAAACCAGGCGGAGGUUUUUCCUAGCGGCAAAGAAAUGCGAGUUCUUGCAGUCUUGGGUGAAAGAGAACGGUCCAGCAGUGAGACUGUUGGCUAGGGGCGUGUGGAGGGAGUACAGGCGGAGGGAGAAGGAGAGGAAGGCUUUGGACAAAGAGAAGAAAGUGGUGGAGGAGAGCAGGAAGAAAGGGAGAGUAAGAGGGAAGGGGACACUGAUAGAGGAGAUGGACUGAGAGUUUGUUGGCAAAGAUGAGCUGCCACUCUG